CGCAACGAUGCGCAGUCAACUGUAUUUCGCAGCUGCUCUUGCAGCAACGCCACUUUGUGUGCUGUCUUACCCUGCGAGAUAUGCGGUGCAAAUCCCACUUGAUGCUAAUUCAUUGAAGAAGAACGAGUCGAACAUCCGGCCGCUUGUUUUAUGGCACGGUCUUGGCGACUCAUAUGCAUCCCCGGGAAUGCUCGAAUUCGGCAAGCUCGUACAAGGCGUCCAUCCGGGACUUUUCGUCCAUUCAGUAUACAUUGACAAGAACCUUGAUGCAGACCAACGUGCAGGGUUCUUUGGGAAUGUCAACGAGCAAAUCGAACUUGUUACGGAACAACUGGCAGACAUCGAGGAGCUGAAAAACGGAUUUGAUGCCAUUGGUUUCUCUCAAGGUGGCCAGUUUCUAAGAGCUUACGUGGAACGGUACAACGACCCACCAGUGAACAAUCUAUUAACAUUCGGAUCACAACAUAUGGGCGUUGCUGAUAUGCCACUUUGUCGGCCUUAUGACUUGUUCUGCAACAUAGCGCGAAAGGCGGCGCAGGCGGGUGUUUACAACGAGUAUGCACAAACUCAUCUCGUGCAAGCACAGUACUUCCGCGACCCAGAUCGCCUGCCCGAAUACUUUGCCUCCAAUAAAUUCCUCACAUCAAUUAACAACGAGAUAUCUGAGAACAUUAACGAUUCCUACGCUAUCAACCUCAACAGACUGAACAACCUUGUGCUCAUUUUGUUCUCCGAAGACAGGACGGUCGUACCGAAGGAGUCCGCCUGGUUCGGUUCGUACGCUCCGCCAACAUCGUUAUGGGAUGAGAGCGAUAUGAGGGAUAGGACUAUAAUACCCAUGCAUCUUCAACCCACCUACCUCGCUGAUACCUUCGGCUUGCACACGCUUGAUGAACGUGGGCGCGUUUCGUUGGAGAUAUGUCAGGGUGAGCAUAUGCAGAUUACUGACGACUGUUGGGAGCCUCUGGUUCGUCGACAUGUCGGCGGUGCUUUGGAUUCGGACUCGGGUUUGUAGGUCCUUUUACUGGAAUGUCUGCAGUAUCUUGAUUUUCUGUCGCGACUUAUCUAAUUCCUGCAUAUGUUACGUAUUUAUAUUAUACCAAUCUGUUAGCCUUAAUGAUAUUAGCUUAAAUUAGGUGGUCC